AUGGCCACGACAAUAUCCGAAAAUGUUAAUAAUGCUCGUCGUCCUGAACUUCUGAAUAAAAUCGAUAUUGAAGUUAAUAUAAAUGAUGCUAUUUUACUUGCAACAGAAGAUGGUCUCAUAACUGCACUCGAUGAUAGAACAUUACGUAUAUGGAUACGAAGACAGACUGGUAAAUACUGGCCGUCGGUUUGUUAUACAUUAGAAAGUGCACCAACAGCACUUUUUUAUCAUGAAUUAUCUCAUCGCCUUUUUUGUGGUUGUGAUACAGGCCUUCUUCAUGAAUUUCUUGUUUCGGAAGAUUUAAAUAAAAUAACACUUCAAUGUACUUAUCUAGGCCAUCAAAGUCGUAUUCAUGCAUUAUGUUUUUCAUUACAAAAAGAACUUUUAUUAAGUGUUUGUCGAGAGAAAAAAUUUAAUUGGUAUUCAACUAAUCCUAAUAAUGAAAAUCAUCAACAUCCACGUGGAAAUUAUUCAUUAUCAUCAUGGGGUGUAUCAAUUGCACUUGAUGAAUUAUCUCAACAAUGUUUUGUUGGUGAUGUUAGUGGAAAUAUACAAUUUCUUAAAAUAAAUGCUGAUAAUAAAUGCCAAUUAAUUACAACAUUAUCUGGUCAUACAGGAAGUGUUCAAACACUUUUAUGGGAUCCAGAAACGGAAUGGUUAUUUUCAGGUAGUUUCGAUACAUCUGUUGUUGUUUGGGAUAUUGGAGCAAAUCAAGGUGUUGCGCUGGAAUUAAAUGGUCAUACGGAUCGUCUUGUUGGAAUAUCAUUUGAUAAAGCACGUAAAAUUUUAAUAACAUGUUCAACUGAUGGUCAUAUUGGUGUAUGGCCGAUGAAUGUGAAACGUAAUGAAACACCUAAAUGGUUAGAAAGUGAUAAUUGUCAGAUAUGUCAUUUGCCAUUCUUUUGGAAUAUACGCGCAAUAUGGUCACAAAAAAAACUUGGUUUAAGACAACAUCAUUGCCGUAAAUGUGGUCGAGCUGUUUGUGAUAGUUGUUCACCAACACGUCAAGCACUUCCAUUAAUAGGUUAUGAAAUUGCUCAACGUGUUUGCAAUGAUUGUGUGAAAACAUUGAAGAAUAACGAAACGACCUCACUUGCUUCUUUUUAUGAUAUACGAAAUGGAACAAUUAAAACGGUUUUUAAUCAAACGAAAAAGAUUAUGAUGACAGUUGCAACUGAUCGAACAAUCAAAAUACUUCAUUAUAAUGUAUUUAUUUAUCUAAAUUAUAUGGAACAACAGAGUAAUAAUAAAACUUCUGUAAUUGCUUUAUUUCCAUUUAAAGCACAAAAUACAGAUGAAUUAUCCUUUGCUAAAAAUGAUAUUAUUAUUUUGACACAAGCUCUACAAGAUGGUGGUUGGUGGGAAGGCACAUUAGAUGGUAAAACUGGAUGGUUUCCAUCCAAUUAUGUCGAACAACAAACUGUGAAAAAAACAGAUUCAACACCCUCGACUCAAAGUGUAUCUUCACAACAAUGUGUCGAAAUGCAACAAUACAGAGAAACAAUUUUGGAAACAUUACUCGAAAGCGAACAACAUUAUGUAUUUGAAUUAGAAAAUUUUCUUUCGAAAACAAUGCAACCAUUGAUUCAUAUUCUUUCAACAUCAAAUCAAUCUCCUCUUCAUUUGAAUAUUCAUUAUCUUGAUGAAUUAUUAAAAUUUCAUCAUCAUCUUGCUCAUAUUUUACGGGAUUCGAUCAAAACUCAACAUCGUAUUGGUGGUAUAUUUCUACAAUUAGCUCUAACUUUAAAACCUAUUUUCGAAGGUUAUUGUUAUCAACAUGCUAAAAUACUUUUUAUAUUCAAUCAUAAUAAAGGUCAAAUAAUGAAUGCUCUAUCGAAAAUUGAAUCAUUCAAUGAUAAUAAUAAUAAUAAUGAUAGUUAUACACAAAUUAUUAAAUAUUUAUCAUUACCGGUCAAUCGGUUAGAAAAAUACGCUAGUUUAUUGAAGGAAUAUUUAUAUAAUCUCGCAGAAUUUCAUAUCGAUCGUGGUGAUGCACAAAGAGCUGCUGAAUAUUAUGCUGAAUUAGCUUCAUUGGGUGCUGAAUGGAGAAAACGUAAAGAAUGGGAACUUGAUAUUAUACAUAGUACUAUUCAUGGUCUUGGUUCUGAAAGUUUAGCAUCGUUGGGUGAUGCAUUAUGUCUUAGUCCUGUUAGCGUUAUUCUAGACAAUAAUGUUCAUCAAAUGCCAUUAGAACGUAUAGCUAUAUUAUAUCCAUCAACAUUAUUUCUUCUUUCAACUUUACCUAAUCAACAAGAAUAUCAAAUAGAAAAUCGUUAUGCAGUAAAUCAAAUAACUAUCAGUAAAAUUAUUGAUAUAAGUAAACGUGCUUUAAAAAUUAAUCUUCCAUCAAAUCAAUCAUUAAUACUUUCGUUUCCAAGUAAUGUUGAAUAUCAAGAUUGGUGUGAAAAAUUCUGUUCAUUAUUAACAUUAAAAUCUCAUACUUCUCAACAUAUGUCAAAAUCACCUUCACCAUUAACUGGAACAAAAUCAGCUCCGACGAAUAACGAAAAUUCUUCUUCAAAAUUUCCAUCAAGAAUGCCUACUUGGUCUAAAGGUUGUCUUCGUCCACAUUCACCAUUACGACCUAAUCCUACGACAAUACUCGGAACAAAUUCACCAAAUCUCUCAGCUAAUAAUAAUACUGGAGAUAAUACAUCCGUAAAUCCAACUGAAGGCGGAUCAAACCGUACACUGAAACGUUUUAUGACAAUGAAAAAAUCCAAAGCAAAUGAAUUUCUUAAACGAGUGGAAACAAGUGGCGAUGAUGCACUAUUACUCUCUGUUAUUGAAGCUUAUUGUAUAACGACUAGUAAUAGUAAAACACCAGUUACUAAUUUAAAUGUACUUCUACCUAAAACAAGACAUUCAAUUCAAGGAAUUGUUGAUUAUUCAAAUAUUCCUAAUUCAUCAACGAAAAAUAGUGAUAUUGAACGUCGAGCAAUGUAUGAUAUGGUUAAUGAACUUCGUUUAGCGUAUAAAUCACUUCAACAAGAAUUAGAAGAAGAAAAACGAGCACGUAAACAAUUAGAAAGUCAGAUACAAAAAUUACAUAUUUUUACACCGGGAAAAUAA